AUGCAAUUUUCAUUAGCUAAUAUAUAUGGAUCUGAAAAUCCAAAACUUUUCGUUGAGGCUGCUUUUUUGUGAAUGGAUAGAAUUUUAAACAAGCAAUGCCAAUUUUCUUAUGAUCAACUGAACUCCAAAAACCAAAGUUUGUAUCCAGCGCUUGUGGUUAUUUUUGGAGUUUGUUAUCGACACUUAUUAUUUUCUUUAACAAAUAUAUAUGGACUUAAAAGUCCAAAACUUUUCGUCAAAGUUGCUUUUUGCGAAAGGAUAGAAUUUUAA